UGUUUCUUAAAACUUGUGAGUAUAUUCCUGGACUUUCAGAAUACAUAUAUAUCUUUCCAUAUAAAUCUGGGUUUCUGGAAAUUUUUGAAAGAUGACUAAAUACAGGUAGUCCUCAAUUUACGACCACAGUUAAGCCCAAAAGUGAGUUGCUAAGUGAGACAUUUGUUAAGUUUUACCCCAUUUUUACGAUCUUUCUUGCCACAGUUGUUAAGUGAGUCACGACAAGUUAGUUACAUGCUUGUUAAGUGAAUCUGGUUUUCCCAUUGAGUUUGUCAAGUCACAAAAGGUGAUCACAGACACUGCAACUGUCAUAAAUGUGAGCCAGUUACCAAUUGUUUGAAUUUUGAUCACAUGACCAUGGGGAUGCUGCACUGGUUGUAAAUGCGAAAAAUGGUCAUAAGUUGCUUUUUUCUGUGAUAUUGUAACUUUGAAUGGUCACUAAAUGAACUGAUGUAAGUGGAGGACUUCCUGAAGUUGCUGAAAAAGCAAGUUCUCACCUACCAAAAAAAAUAAAUAAAAUGGCCUUGGCUAACAAGAGAAAAACGUGUUUGCUGAAGGUUAAAAAAGAGGCCUAGAUUGCCAUGGGAAAAGUGCUAAUAUUAUCUUUAAAAAUGCUAAUAAAAAUAACGCUAUUAAAAUUUGAGGGGGUCUCUUGCUUUGGGUGAAUGAAUCCAAUUAUUUCAAAAGUGUCUACAAUCUGGAGACUAUAAGAAAGAGAACCGACGUUGGAGACAGAAGCUUGGCUUCAGCCAGCAUUGGAGGGUGUGGGGGACGACUGGCUUUCAAGUGACUCCUCCCCCUGCCUGCCACUCGGAUUGUGCAUCCGGUUUGGAAAGGACGGGGAAGCAACCCAAAGCAGCCGCACCGGCGGCAGCCUUCUCAUCAGCUGUCUUCGGAUGUGCCGCCGUCCAUGUGCGACCCCCGAGAGCGACGGAGCCGAGCCGCCGGCGUCGAUGGCUGUCGCCGCUGGCAAGAACGGUCCAAACCGGGCUUGAUACCCCUGGCAGAUUUUUUCCCAAAGGAUAAUUCACUCCUAUCUGGCAUCGACAGUCUGCAUCAGACAAUGCCGGAGGAAAUAUCUCCAGAUUCUAAGUGCCCGAUCUGCCUGGACAUGUUUGAAAAUGUGGCCUACUUGGAUCGUUGCUGGCACAGAUUCUGCUUCCGGUGUGUGUUGGAGUGGUCCAAAAACAAAGCAGAAUGCCCACUCUGUAAACAGCCCUUUCAUUCCAUCGUGCACAGCAUGAGAUCUGCAGAUGACUACAAGGUGCAUUCUGUGAGGCCUUCAGAAAUGGAAUCUUUUGCUAAUCCUAAUGGGAGGCGAUUCCGUUACCGAACUACGUUAACAGGAGAACAUCCUACAAAUGUUAAUUCCCAGACGUCUUCUUCUUCUCGAAGGACAAUGUCUUCCCCAAAUUGUGGGAUCUUGUUUGAAGGGUUAUCAACUCAGACAACAAGGCAGAGAGAUGCAGAAAUGCAUCAGAUGAUCAGACGGCUUGCAUCAAGGCGACAAGCUAGUUUGGAAGGUAGAUUUAUGCGGCACAUUCAAGAGCAAGAAAUGAUUAGCUUUCGAAAAGCUCUGUAUCGUUCUGGCACACGUGUGAGAAGCAUUGAAGAUGGAGGGCGUUAUAGGGACAUAUCAGCUGAAUUUUUCCGCAGGAAUCCUGCCUGCCUUCAUAGGCUGGUGCCAUGGCUAAAACGUGAACUUACGGUCCUGUUUGGAAUUCAUGGAUCACUCAUUAGUAUAGUUCAGCGUGUAAUAAUGAACAAUUUAAGUAAGUUUGACCUGGAAAGCCAGGCAUUUGCCAAUGAACUACAUCCUUUCUUACUGCAAAGCACAGACCAUUUCUUACACGAAUUUAUAAAUUUUGCCAGAUGUCCAUUUAAUAUUGAAGCCUAUGAUGAGCACGCAAACUAUGACUGUCCGGCUCCAUCACGAGAAGAAGGAAGUGCAUCUGAAUCGUCAAUUAUUACCAUUUCACCAGAUGAAACCGAAACCCAGGCACCCGAUUGCACUGCUUUCAGAACUGAGACAGGCCAGGCACCCUGGGAUGAUGAAACACCCGGUCCCUCCUAUUCUAACACAGAACAAGUGCAUGCUUCUCCAUCAACUGCAUUAAACACUUCGGAAAGCUCUGAUGAAGAGCCUGCUGGAAAUAGAACAGGGUCGCCACAAGCAAAUAUAGAGGUGAACGGUGACACUUGUGAUUCAUCGGACAACUGUGUAAUUGUGGACUAUGUCAAACCAUUAGCUGAGAGGACCCCCGAGCUUGUUCAGCUGUCCUCAGACUCUGAAGUUUCAGCUGAUGAUGGGAAAAAGGAAGAUACAGAUAAAGUGCAGCCUAUCCAAUUCUGCAGUUUUAGCCCGACAGAUGUUAGUAGAUCUGCUUCGCCUUCUUCUGCUGGAUCCAGAGAUGGCAUUGCUAAUAAGAUUAAUGAAUAUCUCUCCGAUGAAAAAAGAAAAUCGAAGAGGGAAAAAGAUGAGACUAAAUUCAGAGGAGCAUCUUCGUUGCAAAGCUUUUCUUCAAAGGAAGCCUGUUAUGGAUACAAUUCAUCAAAAAGAAGGAAAUCUGAAUCGCAUGUGCAGCAUUCUGACCGAGAGCAUCACAGUUCGAAAAGGAAGAGGAAGCAUCGUAGUAGGGAAAAACGAAAAAAGAAAAGAGACGGCAGUAGACAUAAGCACAAAAAGAAUAAAAGGAGAUCAACCCGAGAAAAGAGUACGUCCCGAUCUCUUUCUCCAAGUAGUGAAAGCACUGAACUGAGAGAUUUAAGCUGGUCACGAUCUCAAAGCAGAGACUAUAGUGGAACUUCCAGGAUUAAAGACACGGAUUAUUAUUUGAGAGACGAUUACCCAAAAAGUAAAAAAAGAGGUGAAUAUGCUUUAUACAAUCCAAAUGCAGUCAGAAGUUAUGAAAGACAUAGAUCGAGAAACCGGUCAAGAAGUCGAUUUAGCAGCCGAUCUAGCAGCAGAUCAAGAAGCCGAUCUAGCAGCAGAUCAAGAACUUCCAGGCAUCCAGAUAGAGGACAUUCUGAAAAGCCGAGUGGGAAAAGGAAAUAUAAAACACGUCACUUGGAGAGCAGCCAGAGAGGUAGCGAGGAAACCUCUUCUGUAAGGGAAAGCAACGCUCUAAAGAAAUCCUUACCCAAGGAUCAAACCAUUUGUACAAAAGCCACCAGCAUUGUAGACAGACAACCUAGAACAGAGCACAAGAAGAAGAAGAGGUCAAGAAGCCCAAGUGUGGAAAUUGUUUAUGAAGGUGUGUGUACAUCAAAGUAUGACAAAAAGAAACCAAAAAGAAUUAAGUCUACCAAUCUUACCAAUUCAUCUGCAUUAUCUUCUGUUGUGAUUACAAUUGACAGUGAUAGUGACAGAGAGAAUGGCAUUACAGAAUCUAAAAUUUUGAACCAGUUGCCAACUAAGAGAUCAUCUUUGUUUUUACGUCUGGCACAAAUGAUAAAUGGCAAUUCACAUUGCCAGCUACAUUCACCAGAGCAAGAUGUGUAAUUUUUUAAAACUUUUUUUUUAAAUAGAUUUUUUCCUCUUAGAUAGGUUAAACCUUAGAUGUAGAGGUAGACAUAGAUUUUUUUUCCUUUUUAAUGUUUUUAAUAAUUGUUUGCUAUUGUUUUUAAUUUAAAGAAAAAAUAACUUGGUUUAUGAAAUAAAUUUUAUUAAAUAAAUAAAUAGAUAAAAUAAAAUGUGACCUUGGAAUUCUUUGUGCUUUCUGAGUUUAGUUUUUGGCUUGUUUCAUUAUCUGACUAGGUAAGUUUUUCAAUGCUAGAAAAGUAUGGGCUUCACUCUAACUAUUCAUUAAAAGUGGCAGUGUAGAUCAAUUCGGUAUUAUGAUAAAAAUCUUCCCAAAAUAUAUGUAUUUUUUAGAAAACUUGCCUUAAUCAGAGUUGGUUCAAUUUUUGUAAUAUGCUUAUUUUAGUUUAAAAGCUAAACCCAUGACUGAUCUGUUAAAAG